CUAUUAUAUUGCACAAAGAAGAUGUAGAAACAAAUAAAUGUCCAAGAGUAGCCAAAGAAAUUUUAAAUAACAAGAAGAGUGUAUUAUUAUAAAGCUUUGGUAGCUAAGAGAAUUGGUAUUGGUGAAGACAGACAAACGAAUAAAUGGGAAAAAAUAAAGACUCCCCCCGCCCCCACAAAAAAAAAAACGAUGAAUCUAGAAUAUCUUGGUAUAUAAUAGAAGUGGCAUUACAAUCACAGGAGAACAAGCAGCUUAGAGAGCAGCAUCUUGGGAUGGAAUCUUGACAAAGCCAACAGGAGGCGAUCUUGUGACCUUCCUUAUAAACAGUAAACUGCUCGAAACGUAAAAAAAAGGCUCCGCCCUUCGUGGUUUCCUUAGACCCGGGACCGUUUCAAAGAUGUCAGCGCUUCCGGCCGCUAGGUGGCACCUGGAGGACAGCGGGCACCUGGGGACGCCGCAUGCGCAGUGCUCUUAGGUGUAACCGGAGGAUCCAGGCUCGCGCGCGCACCGGUUUGCGCGCAGCGGUCACCUGUGCCCAGAGCGCUCGCGCACGCGCACUUCCGCGCACACCUGUCAUCGCGCUGCCCGGGUGUUCCAAUUUCUCCGGGAGCCGCCGAGCCGACCCCGCGGUCCGCGAUGUCCGAGCUGCCCGCGGACAGCAAGGUCUCGCAGACGGACGCGGCGAGCGGCAAUAGCGACGUCCCGAGGGCCGAGGUAGGCGGCGGGAGGCGGGAGCCGGUCCCCUUCCCGGCGCGGCCUGCGGGGACGAGGACAGCUCCGAUGGCGGAGGCCGGGGAAGGUCCGAUGGCGGAGGCCGGGGAAUGUCCGAUGGCUGCUCUCGGGGCAGCUCCGAUGGCGGAGGCCAGAGAAGGUCCGAUGGCGGAGGCCGGGGCAGCUCCGAUGGCGGAGGCCAGAGAAGGUCCGAUGGCGGAGGCCGGGGUAGGUCCGAUGGCGGAGGCCAGAGAAGGUCCGAUGGCGGAGGCCAGGGAAAGUCCGAUGGCGGAGGCGAGGGCAGGUCCGAUGGCGGCGCCCAGGGAAGCCCAGAUGGCAGAGGUCGCCCGAUUGUUGGCAGAACCGGCGGAGGAAGAGGGUCCCGAGGGCAGGCCCAGGUCCGGGCCCGGGAACAGCCCAGGAGGCGCGGCCGCGUUGCCGUAUCUGCGCCUCCGCCCCCCGGUUAGCGCCGUGGGAAUGAGCCUCUCCCUGGACCAUCGCCCGCUCGCCCCGCGCAGGGUGCAGGAGCCCGCAGAACGCCGCAGGAGACUCGCCGACGCCUGCGCAGCGAGGGGAGCGGCGUUGGAUGCCCGGUAUCAGCGGAAUCCUCAGAGGAUGGAUUUUGAUCUCUUAACGUUUACUGUCGCUCUGACUGCGUCUGAAGUUAUCAAUCCUCUGAUAGAAGAACUCGGCUGUGACAAGUUUAUCCCCAGAGAAUAGUUUGGUGAUGGCAUUUGCUCCAGAAAGAACCUCCGUAUUCCAGACAGUCUUAGACCAAUCCUGUAACUUGAUUUUAACAAGUCAAAGGAUGUGAGAAUAAGGCAAUGCACAGUUGGCGGGGGGGAGACGAGGGGAAAAGGAAGCUUAUCAUGAAAAAGCAUCAGAAGAUAGAAAAAAAUCUCAAAGUGUUAGGACUAACGUUCUUGGAGUUUGUGACGGAUCCAGAUUCUUUUCCCUGCGUUGCGGAAAUGCCUUUAAAAUUGCUUCGCUACAAAAUGAAAGAUGGUUUUAUAAAAUUGAGACUUGAUGAAGAAAAAUGGCCAAUAAUAGAGCCCAUGAUGGUGAAAGAAAUUAUUUGGAUAGUAGUGAUCGGAAUAAGGGGCUGCCGCUGAGUUAUUCGGGCUGGAAGGCCGUGGAGAGAACUUGAAAUUGUCAGAAUAUGUUCUCUUCAUGGCAGAUUCCACAGAAGUUUUUAGUGUAAGGUUGGUUUUGUGUUUUCUGAGCCAUGUCAAAUGGCUAGCAAAGUAAAUAUUGUAUGUAUUACGUGAUAAAUCAUGUAUUCGGGGAUAUCUGAACUUUCUGGAUUUUUUUCUUGCAUUCAGUUUUUAAUUUUAUUUAAACUUUUUUGGGUAAAUAUUCACAAGCCCCAUAAUAUACAGUGACAAGUCUUCCAUCCCUGUCCCCUCCACCCGGUACCUGCCACAGCCCCCGUCUGGAACCACAGCUCCUCUUCUGUCCUUCCAGUUUCCUUACGGAUAUGCAAGCAAAUGCAAAUCUGGGUGGGUUUUCUUCUUCAUUUCCUCACAAAAAUGGGCAUAUUUUAUUUUCUGAUUUAUAUGUUGCUUUUUCAGUAAGAACGUAUCUUGAAGAUCCUUCCAAACCGCUGCAUUUGCUCUUCUUUUUUUUUUUAGAGCUGCAUUUUAUUCCGUUCUGUGGUUGUGCUGUAAUUUGCUUAAGCAAGAAUGUAUUGAUGGGCAUUUAGGUUGUUGCCCAUUUUUUUCUAUUGGCAAAAAGAAAUUGCUGUAAGAGUUAAUCUUCUGCACGUAUCACGUGGCAUGUGUACAGAUACAGUAUUGCUUCCUUCUAAAUGCAUUUUUCAUCUAUUGACAUCUCUGAAAUUGGGGUACAUCUUACAUUUCAUGGUGUAAUACAGCAUUUUCAUAAAAAUAAUGGUGUAUCUUAUAAUCGGCGGCUUCUUAGAUACUUUGUUAUAUAUAAUAUCUAUAGUAUGAAUUUCCAGCACCGAGAAUUUGGGGCUGAAGGUACUCAUUUGAAGUUUUAUAGAUGUUGUUAAGUUGCCUUUCCUGCAUGUUGUGCCACUUACUCUCUCAGCAGCAACUGAUGAACGUGACGUUUCCUAUGGUCUAGCCAACACAGUAAACCGGCAAAUGUCUGGAUUUUGCUAAUCUAUAUAGUUGAAAUAUGGUCUAUCAGUUUUAAUUUGCCUUUCUCUUAUGAACAAAGUUAAGUAUCUUUUCAUUUAAAAGUCAUAUAUAUUCGCUUUUCCGUGAACUAUCUGUUCAUAUCAUUAACCAUUUCUCUCCUGAAUAAUUUUGGGUUUUUUUAUUGAUUCUAGUAACUAUUUAUGUAGUGAUAUGAGAGAUGAUAAUAGCUUGUGAUGUGAGUUAUAUUUUUUCCCUUUAAGCAUGGAGAUUUUGGCUUUUGUUUUUGUUUCCGAUUUUCUUUAAAACCUUCUAGAUUUUGAAUCUCAGAGUUUUUAUGAUGCAUGUGUGUUAUUUCAUUGUUCAUAUUAGAAUCUUUAAACUAUUUGAAAUUUAUCCUGAUGUCCAGUAUAAGGUCAGGAUCCAAUUUUUUUUUAGAUGGCCACCUGAUUGCUCCAAAACCAGUUGCUAACUAGUCCAUCUUUUCCCCGCUGAGUUUUUUAAAGAUGCUUCUUCAUCUUAUACUAAACUGUGUUGAACUAGUGUUAAACUCUGCUAAAGUAGUGUUAAAUCUGGUGAUGCUGAAAUCCUCAUUUUCCUUCUUUUUCAGAGUGUUUCUGGCUAUUUUUGUUUACUUGUAUUACUAUGUCAACCUUAAAGUCAGCUUACGUUAUUUCAAACACAGCUUUUUUAUGAGAAUCAUAUCGUACUUCGUUGACUCAAGGGUAACUGCUCUCUUUGAGACAUUGAGUCUUCCUACCCAAAUGACCUCUUUUUCCAUUUUUUUUAAGACUUCCCUUUGUAUCCUUCAGGAGAGUGUUCAUGUCUGUCCUUAAUGUCCCUAAAGGAGAUCUUAGUCAUUUAGUCCCAGAUAUUUUCUUUUCUUUCUUUUAUUUAUUUAUUUUAUUUUAUUUUAUUUUAUUUAUUUAUUUUUUUAUUUUUUUUUUUUUUUUUUGCUGUAGUAAAUGAGGAUUAUUUUGGUUACAUUUUGUAAAAACUUGCCUGGGUAUUUGAAAAUAAUUGAUUUCUGCCUAUUUAUUUGGUAGCCUGUGAACAUACGGAAUUCUUUUAUUGUUUAUAGUAGUUUUCAUUGGGUUCUCUUAGCUGGAGAACAAGUCAUACGCAAAUAGUGAUAAUAUGGCCUCUUUUACAACUUUUAUGCCUGUAAUUUCUUCCUCCUUAUUAAUUCCCCGGCUAGUACCUUCCGUCUGAUGUAAAAUAGUGUGAAUGAUAGUGAAGCAUCCUUGUCUUGGUUCUCGUUUUAUGGAAAUUCUUCCAGUAUCCAUCUAUUGCUCUGUGUGUGUGUGUGUGCGCGCGCACGCGUGUGUUUUAUCAACAGUGGUUGUUGAAUUUUGUCAAAGGCCUUUUCCGAAUCUGUGAAGGUGACCCUAGGCUUAUUAUUCCAUCUGCCACCACAGUGAGUCACAUUUAGAGCUAUUGAUAACGUGUGGUUUGCAUUCUUCAAAUGAGCUUUAUUUACAAACGGAGUACAAUCCUUUUAAUGUGCUUCUGGAUCUCGGCUUCUUUUUUAAGGAUGUUUGCAUUCGUAUUCAUAAGUGAGAUUGCUGUGUCGUUUUCUAGUGGAGUAUUUGUUACUAUUAGAUAUUAAUGCUAUUGCAUCAAAUAAAUUAUUUGUAAGUUUU